UCCUCCAGAAAGGGCUGUCUUUGGGCACUCAAUCCUGCAAAGAUCAACAAAAUGGAGGAAGAGAUGCAAAAAUGGAAGCGCAAAGAUCUCCCUGCCAUCCGUCGAAGCAUGGCCAAUCCAGAUGAAUUAGACAAACUCAUUACAGACAGACCGGAGAGCUGCAGACAAAAGUCCAUUGAUAAUGGCAUGACACGCUUGCCCAGCUGCCCCCCAGGGCCGACUCUCCCAAUACCGGCUCAGAUGCAGCCCCAACCAGUGGUCACUCUUUCUCUACAGUGCCUCCCUAUGCAUCAGCACUUUCAACUGCAGCUCCAGAAUCAGUCUCGCUUGGCUCCGGCCUCCCCUGCUCCCGCUCAGACACCCCCUCUCCACACCAUCCCUGAUUUGACAAACAGCUCCCUCCCUCAGCAUCCUGCCAAGCAGCACAGCGACUUCUACACAGUUCACAGUGACGUGAAUUCAGAGGUGGACGCACUGGACCCAAGUAUUAUGGACUUCACCUGGCAAGGAAACCUGUGGGAGGAGAUGAAGGAUGACAGCUUUAACCUGGAGGCAUUAGGUACACUCAGUAACUCCCCACUUCGGCUGUCUGACUGUGACCUGGACACCGGCAAUGUCACGCCUGUGUCCAAUGCAGGAGGACUGCCUUACCCAGACCUGCAGGUGACAGGCCUCUACUCUUCAUACUCGGCUGUGGAUGUCCUUUCUAACCAGUACAUGAACACACAAGGAGGAACAAAGCCUAUCGUUUUGCUUUAAUUGCACCCACAAGAAAUGAAGCAAGCUGAGCUUUACUUCCCAGGACCAUCUAUAAAGCUUUCAAUCCAAGCUUUCAUGGUGUGUCAGACUCCAAAAAACAUCCUGCAACACAGAUUUCUUCCAAGGCA